UAAUCUCUCUCCCUCUGUUUUCGUACUUGAAUUUCUGUGAUCCUAAUCAAUGAAAACGACGUUGCCACCUCUGCCCUUUUCUGCUUCGCAUUGCCAUUAUUAAGUCCUUUCAUCACUCGCUAUGCUGUCUUCCCCUGUUUCCCCCCAAUCCCAGAUCUGCUGAGCUAGCUUUGCUUGAACCAAUGGCGGGUGCCGCGGAUUUGCAUUGCUCCAACGGCGUCGAGGUAAAGAAUUCCGAUCCCAAUUCCGUGAAUUCGAGUGAGAUUCAUCGAAAUGGGAAUGCCAAGGGUUUCAAGAUUUUCGUAGGGUAUGAUCCUAGGGAAGACAUUGCUUAUGAGGUGUGCCGUUAUUCUCUAUUGAAGAGGGCUUCGAUCCCUAUUGAGAUUUCCCCUAUUAAGCAAUCUGAGCUUCGUGAAUUGGGGGUUUAUUGGCGGGAGAGGGGGAAAUUGGAGAGCACUGAGUUCUCAUUUUCGCGUUUCUUGACGCCUUACCUAGCGAAUUACGAGGGAUGGGCCAUGUUUAUGGAUUGUGACUUCUUGUACUUGGAUGAUAUCAAGAAGCUGGUGGACUUGAUCGAUGACCGGUACGCGAUCAUGUGCGUGCAGCACGACUACACGCCUAAGGAGACCACGAAGAUGGAUGGCGCGGUGCAGACUGUGUAUCCUAGGAAGAACUGGUCUUCCAUGGUGUUGUACAAUUGCGGCCACCCCAAGAAUAGGAGCUUGACACCCGAGCUGGUGAAUAAGGAGACGGGGGCGUUUCUCCAUAGGUUUCAGUGGCUGGAUGAUGAUGAGAUUGGGGAGGUCCCGUUUGUGUGGAAUUUCCUUGUUGGACACAACAGGGUUGUGGAGGGCGAUGAGAGCACGUUCCCUAAGGCCAUACAUUACACGCUUGGUGGGCCGUGGUUUAAGGAGUGGAAGGAUUGUGAGUUUGGUGAUCUUUGGCUGAGUGAGUUGGAGGAGUACCAGAAGGGUGAUGCGACGAAGGGAGAUUAGGUCGAUUGAGAGGUGAUGGAGGUGAUGAUGUUCAAUGUUAAGUUUGUUAACUAGUUGCAUAUCCUUGUAGAUGUAAUCAUUCCCCUUUGUUGUGUUCAUAUCAUUUGUUUGUGGUAUUAUAAAAUCCGAGUUUUCGAUAGAUCAAAGAAAGCAUUUGUGUGUGAUGAGUAGUACUACUUGGACAAGAGAAGAGAAGAACAGAGUGUUUUGUUCUUGUAUUUUUGUAUGUGUAUUUGUGUAUUCCUGCAUCAAUGAUAUCUUGUAUUCAUCUGCCAAAA